AUGGCUCAGACCAGCUCAUGCUUGAUGCUGAUCACAUGCCUGAUGUUCCUGUCUCUGAGCCAAGGUAAGCUUUCACGUCAGGAUUAUGAGGCACACCACCCCAUUCACCAUAUCAGCUGCCCUGAAGGCACCCAUUCAUAUGGCUCCCACUGCUACUACUUUUAUGAAGACCGUUUGACCUGGAUUGAAGCAGAUCUCUUCUGUCAGAACACACAUGCAGGCCACCUGGUAUCUGUGCUCACCCAGUCUGAGGGCAACUUCGUGGCUUCAAUGAUUAAGGAGAGUGGUACUACAGACUCCAGUGUGUGGAUUGGCCUCCAUGACCCCAAAAAGACCCACCUUUGGCACUGGAGCAGUGGGUCCCUGUAUACCUACAAAGCCUGGGCCCCUGGAUCCCCAAACAUUGCUAACCGUGGCUACUGUGUAAGCUUGACUGCAAAAUCAGGAUUCAAGUUAUGGAAGGAUACCAAUUGUGAGGCUCAUAUGUCCUUUGUUUGCAAGUUUAACAGCUAA